GAGGACCGCGGCUUUCGGACGGCACCAUGGCCCCCUCUUGCCGCAGCUGGCUCGCCAAUGAGGGAGGCAAACACCUCCUCCUGUUGCUGUGGCUAUCUCUCAACAUGGGACUGUUUGGCAAAACGUUCAAGCUCUUUUAUUGUGAGCCAGAGUAUUACUAUUUGCACCAGAUGCUUGGGCUAGGAUUGUGCCUCAGCAGAGCCUCGGCAUCGGUCCUUAACCUCAACUGCAGCCUUGUCUUACUGCCCAUGUGCCGGAUUCUCCUGGCCUUUCUCCGGGGAUCUCGGAAGAUGCCCAGCCGGAAAGCCAGGAGGCUGCUGGAUAAGAGCAAAACUUUCCACGUGACGUGCGGUGUGAUGAUAUGCAUCUUCUCAGUGAUUCAUGUUGCUGCACACCUGGUGAAUGCUUUGAAUUUUUCUGUGAAUUACAAUGAGCAGUUUAUUGCACUCAAUGCAGCCAGCUACCAUGGUGAGGAUCCCAGGAAACUCCUUUUUGCCACAGUUCCUGGGUUAACUGGGGUACUCAUGGUUCUGGUGUUAUUCCUAAUGUCUACAGCUUCUACAUAUGCCAUUAGAGGUGUUCUGAAAUACCAGACUAAUCUAAAGGAGCACCCCCCUGGAUGUUUUAACCCUAAUGCAACUAUUCAAGAAAGCAGACGGCUUGCGGUUGGAUUCGAAAAGUCCCUUCCUGCAAAUGCUUUGGAGCCUUUCCCAGGAGGUUUCGUAGAGACGGCGCCGCUACUGAAAAACCGCUUUGUUUGCUCAGAGGAACCCAAAUUCCAAGCUCAUUUUCCGGAGACGUGGCUGUGGAUCUCUGGCCCGCUAUGCCUGUAUUGUGCAGAAAGGCUCUAUCGCUAUAUCUGUAAUAAUAAUAAACCAGUCACAAUCAUCGCAGUGAUCAGCCACCCCUGUAAGGUCCUUGAGAUACGGAUGAUAAAGGAAGACUUCAAGGCACGGCCGGGACAGUACAUUGUUCUACACUGUCCCAGCGUGUCAUCGGUGGAAAGCCAUCCCUUUACUCUAACACUGUGUCCAACAUCUACCAAAGCAACCUUCGGAGUCCAUGUUAAGGUCGUCGGAGACUGGACUGAGAGAUUUCGGGAUCUGCUGCUUGUGCCUUCCAGCUGGGAUGCUGAGAUUCUGCCAGUCUUCCAGCAAAGACAUUAUCCUAAGCUGUACGUAGACGGUCCCUUUGGGAGCCCCUUUGAAGAAUCCUUCAAUUACGAGGUUAGCCUCUGUGUGGCUGGAGGCAUUGGAGUGACUCCAUUUGCAUCUGUCCUCAACACCCUGCUUGAUGGCUGGGAAGGCUACAAGCUAAGGAGGCUUUACUUCAUAUGGGUGUGCAGGGACGUCCAGUCGUUCUGCUGGUUUGCUGAUCUGCUCUGCCAAUUGCACGACAAGCUCUGGCAAGAAAACCGACCAGACUUUAUCAAUAUCCAGCUGUAUCUUAGUCGAACACAUGGGAUCCAGAAAAUAAUUGGAGAGAAAUACCGAGUGCUCAACCGCCGGCUUUUCAUGGGGCGGCCUCGCUGGAAACUUCUCUUUAACGAAAUCGCCAAGUGCAACAGACAAAAGACUGUUGGUGUUUUUUGCUGCGGACCGAGUGGAAUCUCGAAAGCCCUUCACAAACUGAGCAAUAGCCGCAAUCUUUAUGGGACAACAUUUGAAUACAACAAAGAAUCCUUCAGCUGAAAGACUUGAAAAUUUUAUAAGGACUAUCUGGAAGCCCCAAUUGCAACUUGUUUUUUUUUUCUAAAGACGUCAAAGUUAGCAGCAUUAGCUCUACAGCUUUGUACCAAAGGGUAGCAAAUGUCCUCCUCUUAAUUUAUAACUAUUUAAAACUUUUGGAAGCAGCAGAAAAAAAUAAAACAGUCUAUGAGCAAAAGCCUAAAUGUCUUAGGAGCUGGUACAGGCUGAUUUAGCAGCAGGCAAUUAGAAAGAGGGAUGUGCAAUUGUUUAUAUGGCUGGUGUUAAGAUCAAUCCAUGGAACACUUAAGAUUUCUCCACCUAAAAGCUUCACAUGCUAGAAAAUGUCAUUGAUUGUAUGAAUGCUGGAUUCAUCAAGUUGGAGAAGAAAAAUUGGAUUGGAAGUUGGAUUCUGCUCCAUCUUGGCAAAUAAAUAAACCCGCUCUGAAAGAGAGAUGCUUUGGAUGCAACUGUUGAAGAAGGGACAGGUGGGAAUGAAGACUUCUGUGUUAUCCUGUGAGCAUACUCUGCUGCAGGCACUUCUGUAUGUAAAACAGCCGGUGGAUCGCACCCACCCAUGAUGAGAAUAAAAAAAGGCAAAAUGUUUGUAUUAAUCAAA